AUGCCGUUUGCAAUUGUACUGCUCGCCAGCCAAGUUCUGGCGCUGACGGAGACAAAGCCUCCGGCGACGCGGCCGAAGAAUGGGCAGCUGGACCAUUUCAGUGUGGCCCCCCAGCCGGUUUCUGUAGGUGCCUAUGUGCUGGUGGCUGUGUCUGGUGGAUUCGCGCAUGAGGACUCGCGUCUGCACCUGCCGCAUCUUCGUGCCCCGUCUGGUCUGCACCUGCCACAUCUUCGUGGCCCCUCUGCCGAGAGGCUGCGGAAGGUCGCCAAGGCUGCACCUGUGGUGGCUGUGGUGCUCAAUGAGAUCCCUGCGGUCCGAGAGCAGCACGGCCCUCGGCUGUCGGAUUGGCUCGGACGCGACGUGCCUGCGGCCAGUGGCGUCGCCAGUGAUAUCAUCCGCUUCGGCGCGAGCGAGGCUCGGCGCCUGGGCGACAACGUGUUGGAGACUGUCCGCCAGCCCGUGCAGGCAGUGAGCAGGAAAGUCGGCGCCGUGGCGAAGGAGUUGGAGAAAGACUUGGACGAGACCGUGGUCCUGGCCGAGCACAAGGCGGAGGAGCUAAUCCACCACAAGCCAAAAGCUCCGCGCCGCUUCAGUCCGUGGCUGGUGGGCACGCUUUGGUUCGCGGCCGCGCUCGGCAUCCUCGCGUCGCGCCGCUGGGCGGCCCGGCGCCGCGGGCCCGCCAUGGCCGGCUCGCGCCGCGCGCGUCGUAACUCGCCAACGGCCUUCUUGGGUCCUCAGAUUCCGCCUGUCUCAACGGCUCGGGAGGGUGUGCUGCAGAGGGCCCCUUCCCAGUCGCAGCUGACUCCCGUGAAGGUUCACAAGGUGGAGUUUCAACGAGUGGGGGUUCAAGAUGGUGCGGACUGGGACUCCCCGGAUGAACAGGAUGGCGAUGAGUCGCCACAGGACGCUCGACGGGAGCCCGAGAAGCUGAGCCCAAAUACGGAGUACUACAAGAUGCACAGCCAACAGGACUCUCCUCGUGAGGAACGUCGUAAUGAUCUUGUUUUGGGAGCCUAA